UGCUCACUUCCUGUUGCUUCUGUUGUCUGAUCGGUGUCUUCAGGCUCGACCUCCAUCAGACCUUCAUCAGACCUUCAUCAGGUCUUCAUCAGAUCCCUGAGCUGUUUAGUUGGUGAACCCUCUUCCUCCUCUUCUUCCUCGGUCUCUCCGGACGGAAGAUGGUGCGGACUAAAGCGGACAGUGUCCCCGGCUCCUACAGGAAAGCGGUUGCAGCUCAAGCUCCCAGGAAGUCGCUGGGCGCCAGUUCCUCCAACUCGGCGUCCUGCAGCAGCCAGGCGUCCACCCCAGCUAAGGGUAAAUACGCCGGUGGGAACGUGGUGUGUCCCCGCCCCACCCCCACCUGGCAGAAGGGCAUCGGCGACUUCUUCGGCGGGCCCCCCCGCAAGCCGGAGAAGGAGAACCAGAGGCCCCAGGAGGUGGAGGACGACGAGGAGGCCGGAGGCAGCGGGAUGUCAAAGGUCACCAGGAAGUCCAGGCCGCUGCCGGCUGACGAUGAGGAGGAGGAAGCCUGAGACGAAGAGUGAAUCUCUGCUGCCGCUGUUCAAACAACGUUAAAAUGUACAUCUGUAUAUAAGUUACUGCUGAAUUCCCUUUAACUAGGUCAUUAAACACUUUUUAUGUUUUUAA